UAAUGUUGGCACGCUUGAAACUCUUUCCCGCCUUUUUUCCCGUGUCAAAACCUCUCGUUGUUGAGGUUUUUAAAUGAAUUUCCCGUGAUUUUGUGCUUAAAUCAGUCACAAUGUCUUUAAUCGGGGAACUCUCAAGCCAUUUCGAGGCCGUCAACAUGACGGUGCCCCCCCGAAUUUUGCAAAAGUGUGAGGAGUUGUGCACAACCUACAACAUCGACUCUGAAGACUUCGUGGACCUGUGGCUGGCCUACACUGCCUCCAAUCUAAAUGGGGCCCCUCCAAGUCUCGACGCCUUGGACCGUCUGGAACGCAAAGAGCUCAAAAACCAGAAACAAGCCAUCAAUGCGUCAAAGACCGAGCCGGUUGAAGAAGUGAUGGACGUGGCCCCUCUACCCCAAGACGAAGUGCAUGAGGAGAGUUUUAUUGUCGAGGAACGACCAACGAACGUCCCCUGUGAGGAUUUUUUGAACAGGAAUAAUGCGUGCUCGGUCCUCCUCCGCUUUGGGGAUUGUGAGGGAAAGUUUAAGGACAGGUGCAAAGGCAAGUUGGUAAUUAAAGUGCAAAAUGAGGAAAUUGCCAAGUGUAAGUACAUGACUGAGUCGUAUCUGGACAAAAGCAGUGCGCUUUGCGAAAUGUCGCGGUUCGUUAUUGUGGACAUUAUUAAGCGCCACAAUUUGGAGCUGACUUACGAGAAACUCAACACGUACUCGCCCGAAAUGACCGUUUGUGGGAAACUCUACUCGAACGCUGAUGAUGAACUCGAGCCGAAUUCGAUCGAACUUGAGGGACACCCUGAUGUUUACAAGGGCAAAACAAUUAAGCUGAAUUUGUCAAAACUGGACAAAAUGAGUCUUUUCAGCGGCCAGAACGUUAUAAUUUGUGGCCAAGGCAUGAUUAGUACUUUCAUGGUUGAGAAAAUUUACACAGGGGACCCCUUACCCAAGCCACAGACAGCGAUUUCGCUAAACGAGACUUUGCAAAUUGUGGUGGCCGCAGGCCCCUUCACACUAUCAGAUAAUUUAUUGUAUGAACCUUUAGACAGUUUAUUGAAAUAUGUUGUACAGUUUAAACCCAAUUUGUUGGUUCUGAUGGGCCCUUUUGUGGACAAGAGCCACUCUUGUCUCAAGGCGCUUAAUGAAACGUACGAUUCAUUUUUUGAAAAUAUUAUUUCUGGUGUUAUGGAGCGACUCAAAGGGACGGGGGUGCACGUAGUGCUUGUCCCGUCCCACAAAGAUGCUCAUAAUCACGUUAUUUUCCCUAGUAUUCCAUUUAAGUUGCGUAGACGCUAUGAAAACCUACAUUUAGUACCGAAUCCGUUCAUUUUGGAUAUUGGUGGCGUAACAAUCGGGGGCUCAACCGCCGAUAUUCUCUUCCAUUUGAGCAAAGCUGAGUGUUCUAAAGGCACUCACGAUGUGCCAAGAGUGGACCGUUUGAUUUCACAUAUUUUCCACCAGAGGUGUUUCUACCCCUUGUACCCCCCUGAUAAUGACAUCAGGGUUGAUCACGGCUUGGUUGAACAACACGCCAUGCUUGAAACAGCCCCCGAUAUCAUGUUUCUACCCUCAAGGCUCAAACAUUUUGUAAAAGUUUGUGAGGACUCGGUUGUAGUUAACCCUGCUAGUUUAUCUAAAGGAAAUAGUGCGGGGAGUUUUGCUAGGUUGGAAGUGAGGGCAAAAGGGGCACAACGGCCGCUCAACGAAAGAAUAUCGUGUCAAAUUCAUCUCGUUUAA